GGCGGCGCGGGAGCAGGCGGGCGGCUUGCGGUCCCCGCAGCCCAAACCGGGCGCAACGAGCGGGGCGCGUGUGCAAGUGCGACUCACAAGAAUGAGGCCGUCCCUGGUCUCAAGGGGUGUGUGAGUCCCACGGGAGACAGGCUGGGACGAGGAUCAUCGUCGGGGACGGACACGGGCGAGAGGGGAACCCUGGACGGGGCCAGGCCGCUGCCAAAUCCCGCGUGCAGAAGACGAGCGGUCGCUUUUGUUUCCUCGUUUUUGGAAGCCCCUGCCUACCGCACGGCUGCUCUGGACACCCCGGCUCCUCGAUGGACCAAGAAAGCCAAGCCGUCCAGCCCCGAGACCAGAGCUGCUGGGCCGCCCUGCCCGACGUGUGCCUGCGUCGCGUGUUCUGGUGGCUGGGAGACAGGGACAGGUCCCGGGCCGCCCUCGUCUGCAGAAAGUGGAACCAGAUGAUGUACUCGGCUGACCUCUGGCGGUACAGGACCAUCACGUUCAGCGGGAGACCCUCCAGGGUGCACGCGUCCGAGUUCGAGUCGGCUCUUUGGUACGUGAAGAAAUUUGGCCGCUAUCUGGAGCACCUGGAGAUCAAGUUUCUGAACCCUUACAAUGCCGUGCUCACCAAGAAGUUCCAGGUCACCAUGCGAGGCCUCCUGUCCCGUCUGGGCAAGAACAACAACCGCCUGAAGUCGCUGUCCGUGCAGCACCUGGAGCUGGACCGUCCCGUCUGGAGGAACAGCAUCCGCGGCUCGCUCAUCAAGAGCCUGAGCUUCUUCUUGAAGAAAGCAGGAAGGCAGCUGGAUCACCUCAGCCUGAAAGGGGCCAGGCUGACCGUGGAGCAGGGCUGCGCCGUGCUCGGCUCCCUGAGCGGCUCACGGGGCGAGAGCCUGGUGUCCCAGCUCAACAUCGAGGACUACUUCAGCCACCACCUGGCCGUCUACAGCAGCCCCCAGUUCAGCAAGACCAUGGCCACGUUCCGCAGCCUGGUGUCCCUGACCCUCAACUACAACUGCAUCUCGGACGAGCUGCUGGACGGCCUGUGCGAGAACAACGCCAGGACCCUCUGGACCAUAAACAUCAAGUGCCACGUCCACGACCCCCACGGCCAGGUCAUCUGGGGCAUGUCCUGGGCCAGGCUGGCCAGGCGCGCCUCCAACCUCAAGGUGAACUUCUUCUUCGAGCGGGUCAUGAAGCACGAGCGCCUGGCCCGGGUCCUCCUGCAGGAGAUCCCCGUUCGGGGCCUCAGUCUGAGAAGCUGCUACUUCAGCGACCCGGACUGGUCCAUGAGGCCCACGCUGACGGAUCUCCUGCCCACCUUCCGGCAUACGCUGCAGAAACUGACGUUUGAGUUCAACAACAACCACGAGUCCCUGGACGAGGAACUGUGCUUCCUUGUCUCAUCCUGCAGGAAGCUGUUCUACUUCAAAAUCUGGGCUUUCCUGGACGUCAGGUUCGUGGAGCGGAUCCUGAAGAGCCAGGAGGAAGGGCAGUGUUCCCUGCGCACUCUCAAGGUGCGAAUUUACACGAACAGGUACGAGACCAACGACGAGGACAGGACGCUGCGUGAGAUCCACCGGAAGUACAGGAAACUCAUCGACUCCGAGCUCAACUAUUUCGUCAUCGCUUACCCCAUGAUGUAGGGAGCACUCUCCGAGGGCGUCGGAGCCCCCUGCCGGUUCCCACAGAAGGACCCGGAACCCCCCCUCCCACCCCCCCGUGUCCAUGUUGCCAGUUCCACCCCAUCCGACGCCCCAACAAAGGCUGGGGCCGCUGGUGAUGUGCCUUUAAAGUGCUAUGUUUACCAACUACCCAGGGCUGGCUUCUCCUUGGUCCCUGGGCGUGGGCUGCAUGGCCUGCCUCAGGCGGGAGCUGAGAGCCCGGAGCCACACAGAGUAGUGUCUCGCCCGACUCCUAGAACACCUAGAACACCUCGGGGGGCAAACAGAACCACGCUUUCCCCCGACUGGCCAAUUCGGAAAAGCCUGGUGUCCCUGGUGACUGCAGGAGCCCCAGCACCAGCUCAGCGCUGGGUUGGAAAUGCACGUCCUCUGGGAGGUGGGGAAAUUCCCGCUUGUAAGUUUUUUUUUAACUUUUAUUUAUUUUUGAGAGAGAGAGAGAGAGAGCGCGCGCGCGUGUGAGCAGGGGAGGGGCAGAGAGGGAGACACAGAAUCUGAAGCAGGCUCCAGGCUCUGAGCUGUCAGCAUGGAGCCUGAUGUGGGGCUCCAACUCACGAACCCGAGAACAUGACCUGAGCCCAAGUCCGGUGCUUAACCGACGGAGCCACCCAGGCGCCCCCAAACUCCCGCUUUUAAAUGCAGCCGCUCAGAACUGGGCCCACCUCCCCUGACCCCUGCACAGUGAUCCCACACCAGCGGUGCUGUGGCCGUUACUCCCACUUACAAAGAAUUGUAAUGUCCUGGGGACACAUCCCUAAUUCGGUGUUAAGUGAGAAGGCCAGGACACAAAGCUGCAUGUUUGGUGGGAUAUCAAUCAUGUAAAGUGUGUAGGGGGGCGUUUUGAAAGCAGAGAAGAGCUACCCCAGAAAUGUUAACAGCGUCCCUGGGUGACGGGAUUAUACGUGGUUUUUGUUUUCCUUUUUAUGGUUUACCCCACUUCUCAAACUUUCUACGCGGGCUGUGUGUUAUUUUUAGAAUGGAGGGGGGUGGUCUCCUGUGUUUUAAAUAGGAAGUAAUUACAAAUCCUUGGGCCCAGGCCCCAGACAUGUAUUAAUCCUGGUCUUUUGAGAUUUUUG